AUGGUUGUGCUCUGGAGAACUGAUCCUUCAGUCCAGCCGAGAGUGGAGGAACACAAGUGGAAAAAACUGGCGACAGGGUGGGUAAAAUGCAAUGUUGAUGCGUCUUUUUCAUCGUUAAGUAAUAGAGUUGGUAUCGGUAUAUGUAUUAGAGACGAGCUUGGUGCUUAUGUAUUAGGAAAAUAUGAACAAUUCACUUUGUUAUGUGAUGUGAAGAUUGGCAAAGCUCUCGAUCUACUUUCCGCUCUUAAUUGGGCGCACGAGUUGAAUUUGGGUCCUGUUGAUUUAGAACUUGAUUCGAAAGUUGUGGUGGAUAAAUUUCAUUCCAACAAGAGUGAUGAUACUGAGCUGGGAGAUAUUAUUUCGCAUUGUAGACAACUCUUUUUUAAUUUUUAUAAUAACUCUAGUGUGAAGUUUAUCAGGCGACAAGCAAAUAAGGUGGCUCAUAGAUUAGCUAAGGCGGGCUCAUAUAUAGUUAGUCCUCAAAUUAUGGUUGACAUCCCUUAUUGUAUUGAACGCCUCUUGAUUAAUGAUAUGCUAUAA